AUGCGUCCCGCAUGCCCAGACUUGACGUCACCUCUUCGCUUCCCGUGCUUCGCAGAGUGUCCGCUUGCUUGUGACGGCUCGAGUGCAUCCUUGGUUCAGUCAACUUACCUUCUCGGCACGAUCCACCUCGAGGCAACCGUCUCAACUUCACCAACUUACAUAUGUAUUGAUCGUGUUGGGGUGCAAUUCGCAGUUACGAUCCAGCUUCCGCCUCACGAGAUCAAAGAGGGGGUUCGAGGCGGCGGAUUCGAUUUGGCUGCUUGGAAACGAGGGUGGUGUUUGGCGAUUCGUAGGCCGCAGCGGUUAGGUGUUGACACCAACAAACAAGGAUUCAUUGCAGUUGUGAAAGAUGAUGUUAUGGUUAUACCCACAAGCCUCGCAAAGUUAACAGAGAUCUGUUUAAUGCAGAGAGAGCAAGAAGUUUUGGUAAAUGAUACAGCAGUGUGUCAGGCUUGUGGUGUGGAGUCCGAUCUUAAAAACCUACGCGCCUGCCGCGGCUGCGGAUAUGUUUGGUAUUGCAAUAGGGAAUGCCAACUUGAAGGCUGGUCACAGAAAGGUCAUAAAAGUAAAUGCAAGGUACUAAAUGUCCUGAGAAAUUUUCCUCAAGAUUAG